AAUCGAUAUUCAUUUGUUUAUGAAUAUUUGUCAUUUGCAUGUAGACAUUGGAUUGUUUGUCGUAUUAUUGCGCUUUAAAUAUGGAAAUUUGAAUUUAUGGUAUAAUUUGAAAUCAUGGAAUUAUCUCCUGGGGGACAGUCAGUAGAUAAAAAACCAAUUUUAACACCGGACGGGUUAAUACAAACGCCGAACGCCGCUGGGAAUAGCGCUACACCUGAACAAGUUUCUGGUCCAUCUUCUCCUACAACAGGCAAUAGUACGAAUUUGACAGCGAUUUUACCUGUCAUAUACGAGAUUAUACGCUGUGUCGAAAAGGAUCCUCUUGACAACGCAACUAAACAAAAAGAAUCCCAAGAGUGCAGUCAAAAGAUACUGGAAUUGCAAAAGAGGUUUGAAAUUGCAAGAAAUGAAGUAAAACAGUUACCAGGUAUAGAAUACAAUAAAGAAGAGCAACUGCAAAGGUUAGAACUUCUUCGCAACCAGCUGAAAUUAAAGCAGCAACUCAUUCGAAAGUAUAAGGACACUCAACUAUAGAUAAAUCCCCAUUCAAAUAUAUAGAACU